CGAAGAAACAAACAAACAAAUAAACAAGCACCGUGUCUGUCUCUUCCGAAUUGAAAAAGUUACUACUAACAUAUGCUUGUUGCUUCUUAGAGAGAAUUAAUCAUUCAAUGUGUAUGAUUAAUCAGAGUGAUGUUAUUGCUUACAAAUCACUAGCAUUGUAUCAUUUGCAUUCCCAAUUUUCACACUCUUUGUUCCAUUUUUGUUGAGAAUCAAUGGCAAUGUGUUGCUUCUCUCACAUUCUUCUAUCUCCUCCAUAUAUCACCACAACCUUCACUUCUCAAUCUCCGUCACAAUUUCCAAGAAUUGCUAUCUUCAACAAAAGGGAUUUAGAGUUUCACAAUCACAACACAACUACCUCUUUCAUUUCUUCAAACCCGAACAAGAUCUUCGCUAUUGGAAAUGGUGCCACUACUGAAACUGCAGUUGUUGAGAUUCAAAAGCUCCAAUUCCAAGUUUCCAAAGGCUACCCCUCUCCCUUCGGUGCUACUUUUCAAGAAGACGGGGUCAAUUUCGCCAUUUACUCUCUCAAUGCACUCUCAGCUACUCUCUGUUUGUUUACUCUCUCUGACUUCAAAAACAAUGAAGUAACAGAGUACAUUAAUCUUGAUCCAUUGGUGAAUAAAACGGGAUGUGUUUGGCAUGUGUUUCUAAAAGGGGAUUUUAAAGAUAUGCUUUAUGGUUACAAAUUUGAUGGCAAAUUUUCUCCUCAACAAGGACAUUAUUAUGACUCUUCUCGAAUUUUACUUGAUCCUUAUGCAAAAGCAGUUAUAAGUAGAGGAGAGUUUGGGGCUGUAGGACCUGAUGGUAACUGCUGGCCUCAAAUGGCUGGCAUGGUGCCUUUUAAUCACGAGGAGUUUGACUGGGAAGGAGACUUGCCUUUGAAAUACCCACAAAAGGAUCUUAUUAUAUAUGAAAUGCAUGUAAGAGGGUUCACAAAGCAUGAAUCAAGUAACACCGAGUUCCCCGGUACUUAUCUUGGUGUAGUGGAGAAGCUUGAUCAUUUAAAGGAACUUGGAGUAAAUUGUAUAGAAUUAAUGCCUUGUCAUGAGUUCAAUGAGCUGGAAUACUACAGUUACAAUGCUGUACAAGGGGACUAUAGGGUCAAUUUUUGGGGGUAUUCAACCAUCAAUUACUUUUCACCAAUGAUCAGAUACUCAUCAGCCGGCAUAAAAAACUGUGGUCGUGAUGGGAUUAAUGAAAUCAAGUUUCUUAUCAAAGAGGCGCACAAGAGAGGAAUAGAGGUGAUCAAUAUUGCCUAUGCUUUCAUUUCUUUAAUUUUCUAUCUUUCUUGUUUUUUUAGAUUAAAUUAUGCUUUCAUUGCUAUAUUACUGGAGCAGGUUAUCAUGGAUGUUGUUUUCAAUCAUACAGCUGAAGGGAAUGAGAAGGGUCCCAUUAUUUCUUUCAGAGGAGUCGACAACAGUGUGUAUUAUAUGGUAGCACCGAAGGGGGAAUUCUACAACUAUUCAGGAUGUGGGAACACAUUCAAUUGCAACCAUCCAGUUGUACGUAAAUUUAUAGUGGACUGCUUAAGAUAUUGGGUAACGGAAAUGCAUGUGGAUGGUUUUCGCUUUGAUCUUGCUUCUAUUAUGACCAGGAGUAGCAGUCUCUGGAAUGGAGUUAAUGUAUUUGGUGCUCCAAUAGAAGGUGACUUGCUGGCAAUUGGAACCCCUCUAAGCAGCCCACCAUUGAUUGAUAUGAUCAGUAAUGAUCCAAUACUUCGCGGAGUGAAGCUUAUAGCCGAAGCCUGGGAUGCUGGAGGCCUCUACCAAGUUGGCACUUUCCCUCACUGGGGUAUUUGGUCAGAAUGGAAUGGGAAGUAUAGAGACACAGUACGCCAAUUUAUCAAGGGCACGGAUGGCUUUGCAGGAGCAUUUGCUGAAUGCGUUUGUGGGAGUCCUAAUUUGUAUCAGGGAGGAAGAAAACCAUGGAAUAGUAUUAACCUUGUAUGUGCUCAUGAUGGCUUUACUCUAGCUGAUUUGGUCACUUAUAACAAGAAGCAUAACUUGCCCAAUGGAGAAGACAAUAAUGAUGGAGAAAAUCAUAAUAAUAGCUGGAACUGUGGAGAGGAGGGGGAGUUUGUCAGUGCCUCAGUUAAGAAAUUGAGGAAACGACAAAUGCGUAAUUUCUUUCUUACACUCAUGGUUUCCCAGGGAGUUCCGAUGAUAUAUAUGGGCGAUGAAUAUGGACAUACAAAAGGGGGAAACAACAAUACCUACUGUCAUGAUAAUUAUCAUAAUUAUUUCCGAUGGGAUAAAAAGGAAGAAUCCUCAUCAGACUUCUUCAGAUUUUGCCGUCUUUUGACCAAGUUCCGCCAGGAAUGUGAAUCUCUUGGCUUAGAUGACUUCCCAACAUCAGAGAGGCUGCAGUGGCAUGGUCAUUUUCCUGUAACACCAGACUGGUCUGAGAGUAGCCGUUUUGUGGCUUUUACCCUGAUGGACUCGGUCAAGGGCGAAAUUUAUGUUGCUUUCAAUACAAGUCAUUUACCUUUCACAAUAACCUUGCCAGAGCGUCCUGGAUACAGAUGGGAACCUCUCAUAGACACCAGCAAGUCCGCACCAUAUGAUUUUCUCACACCUGAUCUUCCUGGAAGAGAUAUUGCAAUACAACAGUAUGCUCAGUUUCUUGACGCCAAUAUGUAUCCCAUGCUUAGUUACUCUUCCAUCAUCCUUUUGCGCACUCCCGAUGUAAAUGCCUAGCUUGGAGAAUCCUGAUGCCUUGUAGAUACAGUAUUCCAGUAUGCUGGAACCAUAAAUGAAUCAUUGGAUCAGUAAACAAAGCAUAGAGAAUGCAUUGAAAAUUUCCCUUUCCCUUUCUUUAUGUAGGAAUGGCAACAUUAUGAAGAAAAAUGUUGUAUUUUAUUUUAUUUUUUAAAAAAACUUGGUAUCCAACCUUAGAACAGCAGACUAAUCUAAGGGACCAAUCUCACCGCCCACUUGCGAGGGCCUCAUUUAAAGUCGGAGUUUUUUGGCUCUGUAUGGACUUAGCCCACCGAAAUUGGCACCAGAGGGAAUCGAACCUGAGACCUUGAGAGGAGCAUACUCCAAGGACCCAUAUGAUGGAAUCAUGUAUGAUGUAAAAGGAGGACGAAUUAAUAGGACACCUUUUUUUUCAUUUAGAAAAAUCACAAUGUUUAAUUUAUGUCACAAGUUAUUUAAAUAUAUCAUUAUUUUACACA